UGCACUUUAAGUGUUUGUGGUCAAGCUAUACCCAAUAAUAACCCUUAAUAUUCACCACAAUGCUAAGGCAAAGCUUUGAAUGUUUAAUCUUGCUCGCAAGCACAUGCGCGCCCCACAAGUACGUCUAGGUCUAUAGCAUACAAUUAAAUUUGUGACAGGGCCUAGGAAAACAAUCCUACUAAUAAUGUUCAGUACGCUAAAAAGUAAAAUAUUUAGAGCUGUUUUAGGAUUUUGUUUUUCUUUCAUAAGAAGUAACUUCAAUAUCUCCUCUACCUUUUCAAACAAAUUUUAUCCUAAAAAUUUUUUUAUAGCCGUUACAAGGCAGCCAUUGAAUUUUUUCAUGCUGUUCUUGUAUGCGGAUAGAACUUGGAACAUUGGUUUCUCAAAACGGUAGGUCAAUACUUCCCCCCUUUCACCCAAAAAUAUUUUGGGGUAGGAAGGUGCAAGGUGGGUGAUAUUGUAAUCAAUUUGAAGCUUAAGUACUAGUUUGCUCCAUAUAAAAGGGUUGUUUUCCUAGGCCCUGUCAAUGGUGAGGUUUGCAAUUGUUGCAUACACCAACCCAGAAUUACCUAUUCUAACUUCAUUUUACCAAUUAAUAUUAAUUUUUGUUCAGUACCACUGAAAAGUUAAUAAUAAUUGGAGCACAUCGCAAUAAUUGGAUGCGCUUAUGUUAUGACGUGUUUAAAUAUUGAAUAUGUCCUUUGAUGAAGCUUAUAGACAGUGGUAAGUCCACUGUCUUUGUGGUUAAGCUAUACUCAACAAUUAUAUGUUUACAGCUAAUAUAGAUCUACAGAUUCUACACCACCACAACAAGAGGUAGUUCUGUUUCUGGUCAGGUUACUUCCCUGCCGGUUUUGAAUGUGUUGAUGUUUUAUCUUGCUCGCACGCACAUGCAUGCCCACAAGUCUAAACACACUUUGUAAUGAUGCAUAAUUACAAAUUUAAUAUAGAUCUACAGAUUCUACACCACAAUUUAAGGCCACAACAAGAGGUAGUUCUGUUUCUGGUUAGGUUACUUCCCUGAUAUAAGGGUGCAAAGUUUUAAAUGUGUUGAUGUUUUAUCUUGCUCGCACACACAUGCACAUGCCCACAAGUCUAAACAAACUUUGUAAUGAUAAUUACAAAUAUAAUAUAGAUUCUACACCACAAUCUAAGGCCACAACAAGAGGUAGUUCUGUUUCUGGUCAGGUUACUUCCCUGAUAAAUAAGGGUGCAAAGUGUGUACGUGUUGAUGUUUUAUCUUGCUCGCACGCACAUGCACAUGCCCACAAGUCUAAACACACUUUGUAAUGCAUAAUUAUAGAGUGACACUCAGUUUGCAAUAUGUGAGAACCCAUUCAGUUUGACCGUAUACACAACACCACUAGCUCAGCUCCGACAAUACUAGGCAUUGUCCUGUACAAGUUAUAAAAGUCUUCUACUCACACACACACACACACAUUGACUUGACCAUCACUUUUGCAAAUAUGGCGUCCAUUAUGAUGUUGAUUGCAGUUGUGCUGUCCUGUGUGUAUCUGAGCUCCGCUACCUACCUUUCUCCCUGCGGCCCCCCUGAUGCUCCAAGUUACGGAAGUUUCUACCCUCAGAAAAACUUCUACUCAAUCGGAACAGUUGUUAGGUUCUCUUGCAGAGAUGGCUUUUUGCUGAAAGGUUACAGUUUUACCAAAUGUAUCUACAGCCGGAGCCUAAGAAAGGCAGUGUGGAAGUUUGACACUCCAGUUUGUGGCAAGCGUAUCACGUGUCCUGACCUUAUCGAUCCCCGAUAUGGAGAUGUAGAUGUGACUGGAAAUACACCUGGAUCAAAGGCGACCUAUACCUGUGGCAGACGUUUCACCCUUGUGGGCAGCUCUACGGUAAAAUGCCAGCUCAACGGGAAAUGGUCCAGUGUUCCACCUGUUUGUAAACCAAUCUUCUGCCCCAAACUGACUCCCCCUGCAUAUGGUGCUGUGAAUGAUGGUAACAAUCGUGCCGGAACCAAGGCAGUGUACACCUGUAACGAUGGUUUUGAAACAAGUGGACAGAGUUCUAGAAAAUGUCAGCUGGAUAGUACAUGGAGUGGAAAAGCCCCAACUUGUAUAUCAAUCAAAUGCCCUAAUCUUGAGGAUCCAGAGAAUGGAUCUGUGGAUGAUGGAGACAAUAUGCCAGGAACCAUAGCAAAGUACACCUGUGACUAUGGAUUCAAGUUGGUGGGAUCCAGCAAGAGACUCUGUCAGAAUUAUGGCAGCUGGGCUGGGGAGGCACCUAUCUGCGAACAGAUGGAAUGCCCUGCAUUGAAGGAUCCAGAGAACGGCUCUGUGGAUGAUGGAGACAAUCUUCCAGGAACCAUAGCAAAGUACACCUGUGACUAUGGAUUCAAGUUGGUGGGAUCCAACAAGAGACUCUGUCAGAAUUACGGCAGCUGGGCUGGGGAGGCACCUAUCUGCGAACAGAUCGAAUGCCCUACAUUGAAGGCUCCAGAGAACGGAUCUGUGGAUGAUGGAGACAAUCUGCCAGGAACCAUAGCAAAGUACACCUGUGACUAUGGAUUCAAGUUGGUGGGAUCCAGCAAGAGACUCUGUCAGAAUUAUGGCAGCUGGGCUGGAGAGGCACCUAUCUGCGAACAGAUCGAAUGCCCUGUAUUGAAGGAUCCAGAGAACGGAUCUGUGGAUGAUGGAGACAAUCUGCCAGGAACCAUAGCAAAGUACACCUGUGACUAUGGAUUCAAGUUGGUGGGAUCCAGCAAGAGACUCUGUCAGAAUUAUGGCAACUGGGCUGGGGAGGCACCUAUUUGCGAACAGAUCGAAUGCCCUGCAUUGAAGGCUCCAGAGAACGGAUCUGUGGAUGAUGGAGACAAUCUGCCAGGAACCAUAGCAAAGUACACCUGUGACUAUGGAUUCAAGUUGGUGGGAUCCAGCAAGAGACUCUGUCAGAAUUAUGGCAGCUGGGCUGGAGAGGCACCUAUCUGCGAACAGAUCGAAUGCCCUGCAUUGAAGGCUCCAGAGAACGGAUCUGUGGAUGAUGGAGACAAUCUGCCAGGAACCAUAGCAAAAUACACCUGUGACUACUACGGAUUCAGAUUGGUGGGAUCCAACAAGAGACUCUGUCAGAAGUACGGCAGCUGGGCUGGGGAGGCACCUAUCUGCGAACGUAAGACUACAAUUGCUUAA